AGUGACGCACAGCUGACAGAACUGGGACCGGACCUCUGAAUCUACCCAAGGCAGUACAAAGUCAUAUUACUAUAGUAGAUAUCGUUGUAAAAUUAUAAAUUAAAUAGUUGUUUGCCAUUAAUAAUGCCAUAGGGAAAAUUGUUGUUGUGCCAAUUACUUUAAACUACAGGUUUUUUUUUUUUUAAUUAUGUGAUAUGUUUGAACUAAGAGUUAGUUAAUCAUAUUAAACAAUAUAUAAUGUUCCUAAGGUAAAAUAAUGACAAUUAUUACUUUAGCUAUUUAAAUGUUUAUAUUUUCAAGUAUGUAAUACUAUACUACACGCUGAACCAGUCGAAGGUUAACAGCUUGUUAUUUUUGAAGUUGUGUUUGCAAUGGAAUUUUCGAGAGCCAAGGACAACCCGGCCACCAAGGAUAUUACAAGCAGCAUUUAGGCGGACGUAGUGCGCAUGCGCUUGUAGAAAAAAAAAGCAAACGUCACGGUACACGUCAGCGAGCGACAGCGAAUCCAGUAGAAAAACGAAGUGACGAGAAGUGACUACGAAGAAGUUGAGGUUGACUUGCAUUUAGUGUGCAAAGAAUUUAAUUUGGAAGUUGUUUGAAAUAAAUUAACAGUUGUAUUGAACUAUUAAAUCUCGUUGGAAGAAUGGCUGCGACAAUAGACUCAUUUUUUCGCACGUUCAACUCGAAAUUGGAGGAGCCGGUCCGCCAGCACCUGAAGAAUGUGUACGCCUGCCUCACGGUUUCCCUGCUGGGGGCGAGCGCCGGGGCCUACGUGCACAUGUACACGGAGCUGCUCUCCGCGGGCCUGCUGACGAUGCUGGGCUCGGUGGGGCUGCUCGUAGCGCUCAUGUGCACCCCGGACACCGGCAAGAACCGCGGCCUGCGCGUCGCCUACCUGCUGGGCUUCGCCUUCCUCACAGGUCUCGGCAUGGGCCCGCUGCUGGACGUGGUGGUGGACAUUGACCCCAGCAUCGUGGUGAGCGCGUUGGUGGGCACCAGCCUGAUCUUCGCCUCCUUCACGGUGUCUGCCCUGCUGGCACGGCGCGCCCAGUGGCUGUACCUGGGCGGCACCCUCAUGACGCUCCUCAGCACACUCUUCUACCUGUCCCUCGCCAACCUGCUCUUCGGCUCCUACUUCAUCAGCCAGGUGAACCUUUACGUUGGUCUGGUCGUCAUGUGCCUGUUUGUGCUCUACGACACUCAGCUGAUAAUUGAGAAGCGAAGGCGAGGGGACAAGGACUUUGUCACUCACUCAGUUGACCUGUUCAUUGACUUCAUCAGCAUUUUCCGUCGCCUUGUCAUCAUCCUCACUCAGAAGGAGCAGCGUAGGCGAGACCGCAGGGAUUGAAUAAAAGAAGAAAAUUGGGGGAAAAUUACAGGUGUUCAAUUACUGGUAGCACUAUAUAUAUAAUUUGAGGUUAUUUAAACAAAAUGUUGUAAUAUGAGACAUUUAAAAUUCAUCACAUUUUAUUUUCAGUGAAUUUAUACUAACCAAUAUAUGAAUAAGAAUAUCAGAUUUUUUUAUACAGUAGAAAUUAAAGUGUGUACUAAGAAAUGUGAAUGUGAGUUAUUCCCUGUGUAUGGUGUGUGGUGUAUUAUAGUUCUUGAUAAGUAUAUUGUUUUGGACUGUAGAGUAGAUACCGUUAUUUUGUGGUUGUAAGAACUAAUGUAGUUUGUGUAGUACAAUAAAUAAUAUACAUCUCGUAA